CACUCGAAGGCUACAUAACGAGCGUCGACAGUAACAGUUACGGCUCGACACUUUAGCUUUAACUCGGAUACCAGAAACAGCGUCGGUGUCGUUCAGAGAAAUCUCAUUUCACAAUGUCAGCAGCCGGUCCAGAAGGUUCUGGCGCAGCGUCAGGAAACAAGCGCUUGCAGCAGACCCAGGCCCAGGUGGAUGAGGUGGUGGAUAUUAUGCGUGUUAAUGUGGACAAAGUGCUGGAACGGGACCAGAAGCUUUCUGAACUGGAUGACAGAGCAGAUGCACUGCAGGCUGGAGCCUCCCAGUUCGAGACCAGUGCAGCGAAGCUGAAAAGGAAAUACUGGUGGAAGAACUGCAAGAUGUGGGCCAUCCUGAUAGCUGUCAUCAUCAUCAUCAUCAUCAUCAUUAUUAUUUGGAGUUACUCCUAAAACAGCAACAACAGGCGGAGGAGUGGAGGAAACGAUGAAGGAGAGGAGAGGAGCAACGUACAUAAUGAAGUCUCAGAAGAUGACGUCCCGUGAUAACUGGCUACUGAGCUCCACAACAAAUGUUCUCCUAGCAGGGGGUCUUCAUUCCUUGUCUGCCCCGUGUGUGUGUGUGUGUGUUUUACCCUGCAUUACUACACCAGACAUCUUUAAACUUAUAUUAGAGUUCUGUGUCACUUGCCAAAGAAAACAGAAACAUUCAGAAACAGGUUGAUAAUUAAACUUAACUAAAACCUAUAAAAAAAUAAAAAAAGAAUUAUCUUUGACUGUAUGACAAAUUACACACACACACACACACACACACACUCUUUCUCCAACCUCAGGACUAGAAGUGAAGAAUGUUGUUAACUCUCCUCAACUUAUAUUUACUUUCUAUCUUUUAUUAAUAGCCAUUGAUUUUGUGUGCCAGGCUAUGAGAAGUGGCUUUAAGGAUUUGCUCUUCUGUGUUGGUUUAGAUUGUAAUAGUACUCCUGCAUAUCAUUGAACAGAUGCCCUUUUCUAAUACAUACACAUUUGUACUUCUCAGAUGCCAAUAUUUAGAUAUUUGUCCUCAUUUAGAAAGAGAAAAAAAAGCUGUUUUAUGAACUAGUGUAGUUCCAAACAGACCUGUUGGGACCGGGCCGAUUGCUUGGCCUCCGGUAUUUCACCUUUCUCGAUAACCACUCAUCCCAACGAUUUCACUCUUGGCACUGGACUUCCUUGGGUUCUCAGCAGUACAUCUGCCAUGACAAAGUUGCAUCCCCUAGGAAUGCUUGAGUAUACGCAUCAUUUGGGUGCAAAAGCUCACUCAAACAUUGACUUGAGAGCCAGCUGUACCAAGCAUGCUGUUCGGCAGUUUAACAGGUAAUAGGGAUUCGUCUCAAUACACUACAGAUUGUGUACUUUAACCCACUGAGAAUGCAUCCACACUGCACUUCGUUGGGUCCUCGACCAGCCAAGUGUGAAGUCGAUCCAAUGAACGGUUGUCGAAGGACAUACUUGCAUACUGACAGAAACUCACUUCAUUUUAGUUCGAUGGUUACAGUUGACUGGGUAAUGGUGGGAUCUGAUGCCUUUAUUUAUUUAUACACCUGGUUUAGUGCCAAUUCAUUUUUUUGUAUAGGAGCUUUGAUUUUGGAUUGAAUAAAAAGGAAUUGCAUUGGUCACCUCACAACAAAUAAGCUAACCAGUAACACACUGUUGAACCACCUGAUCAUACCUGUCCCUGUCCAUCUACCUUCUGGGUAGGACUUCAUUAAGAAACGGUCUGUGUUUAGAUAAGUGCCUAUACCUAUAGAUUAGUGCCUAUAUAGACCUACAGCCUCACAGCGAGGCGACGCUAGACAAACUGCCAUGAAGUUUAAAAAAAGAAAAAGUGCUACACUGGGUUAAAAUUGGCGACUUUUCGCAAUCGGGUGCUCUCGAUGAUGUGUCAGAAAGUUUGCCUUUGUGAUAUAUUCAAGUCUUAAAAGUAAGAAAAUAUAGCGUUAGACAGAUGCCUUAGUGGGUAUCUCCAAUGGAGAACCGCCAAAAUACAGCCACGCCUUAUUUAUCAUAUAAUCCAGCCAAUAAAAGAGUAGUGCCUUCCGAACUGUCAAAAGAAUUACUGUGCUUCUUGCUUAUUCCGCUGAGCGUAUUAAUGUUUAAUAAAGUCUUCUGUUUAGUCACACUGGCAUCUAUCCCAGCUGAUGAAAAUGAUGUACUUCUCACGUGUGACAUUUUAAUAUUCCUCUAACAAAAGCUUUUUUUUGUAGUAUUUUUGUCUCACUGCUGCUGAGCAUCAUGUGAUUUGAGUGUAGACAAAGACUUUGUUGGGCAAUGACGGUGUUGUAUACCAACACUGGAUGAUUGCAUUCCCUGCUGUGGCCUCCAUCCUAUUGAAAUAAAUGUAUUUUAAGGAGAUAAAA